UUUUCCUCCACGUUCUCAGUUUGACAAGACAUCUUGCGCCGUCUUUAUCCACAAAACUGGGUCUAUAAUUGUUGCGUAUGGUCUCUGCACAAUGUACAUAGAAAUUCAGAUAUAUCAAGCAUCCAUUAUUGUAGCGUAGAGAGCAGCAGAGAGAUCUAGAGCUAGCGCCGUGAAAAAAUGGAGAAGCCAUCUUGGUUUUGCACCAUUUUCACGCAGGUGUUACUCUGCUUUGCUCUCUACCUCGCUCUCAACUUGGGUCAGCCUCAAAAGGCCGUUUACCAGAAUAGAGUUCUCGAUCUGCACUUCAUUAGCGUUAGAGGAGGCUUCAGACCUCUUAAGCAACAGACCCAUCUUCUGAGACUGAUGGAGAAAGUGGCAAAGACUUACAAGGCAAGUUUUGUGGUGAACACUAGUGAGCUCGGGGAGGAUGAUCCACUCAUGCAGAAUGGUACUUUGCUUUUCCCAUCACUGAAAGUUCCCUGCACUUGUAGGUACACUACUAGAACGAAAGAAGGACAUGGAGCAAGUUGCUUCCUAGAGCAGAUAAAGCUACCUUAUGGGAAAACCUUAGACAUCAUUGGUGUGGACACUGGGUCAUUACAGGAAUUAGUGCUUACGGGAUCAUUAAGUGAAAGUGGACAAAAUCAGUUACAUUGGCUGACAAGGACACUAGAAGCAACCAAUAGCAACUGGCGUAUGGUUGUUGGAUUCAAUCCGUUGGUUGUUUGUGAAGAGAAGAAAGAGGAAUUGGAGGCAAAGCAAUUUUAUGAGCCUCUACAACGUAUUUUUCUAAGAUUUGGAGUUAAUGUGUAUCUAAGUGGUCAGGGCUGCACUAACCAUGUCCAACCUGGUAACAUCGCUUACAUUGGGAAUCCGGCCCCCGGAGAGAAUGAAUCUUAUGUGGCAUCUGUGAAUGGAAAAUCAGUCUUCAAUGGAGAAUUGGUUAAUGGGUUUCUCCUUCACAAAGUCAGCUCACUAGAGAUUGUAACCUACUUUAUUUCCUUGGCUGGGGAAAUUGUGCACAGAACUGUAAUCCAACAGAGGGGUAAGGAGGUGAUGUAAAAUUUUCAUGUGGAGGAACAAAUUUUACCCGUUCUUUGAAGCCGCGACGCGAUUGAUUCCAACAUUCUUUCUGCAUUUGAAUUGUCCUCCCGACCUGCAAGAAAUUUUUUCUGCAUGUCUGCCAUUCAAUCUCAGCAAGCCUUCAACCCUUUUGACAUUGAGGGUUAUAUGUGAUGAUUUAGCUUUAUUUUUUAUAAACUUGUAAUCAAUUAGCAAUUUGUUUCUUGUUCUAAAUAGUACUUAUAUCAAGAUUUUGGAAAGUGUAAAUGAUCCUCUUGAAUUGGUGGUUAUCCUGUUUGGUGCUAAAAAAAUGAGGUUUACCCAA